CAUAUCUGUGUUAUCUAAAUUUUGUGGACAUUCAGUGUAGACAUUUCACUGUUUGAAUGCGUGCACUUUUUUCCAAUACAAUACCCAAGGCACGCUCGCAUUCAUAUUCCCUUUAAACACUGAUCGAUUAUUAAACAUGCUUUCGACCAACUGAAUAACCAAACCCUUAUCCAUUAAAAUAUACGAAAGAAAUAUAUAAUACUGAAGGAACGAGGCGGCUUAAGCUUCAAAAUAAAUUUUCGAUAUAUCACCGACGAAUUUAUUCGUGAAGAAGUGCACAAGCAGGAGGACGAGGAACAUUUAAUCGCAUAAUGGAUUUUUGAUAAGGAUCGAAAAAGGUCUAUUCUGAAUGAAAAAUGCAUUGUGACUUGUGAAAUCAAUAUUCCACUUGUGGGAAUCCUUAGGAAAAAAAAAGCAAAAACGAAGAAUGGCGUUGAUGAUUUUUAUCCUGCAUACAUUCAUAGGAGUCACGGCAAUAUAUGCCUCGUCAUGUCAGUUCCCGUCGGAUCUAAGAGGCGUGUGGAUCAGCUCCGACAAAGGUUUCCUGAGGUUCAGCGACUCUGUGAUAUAUGAUUAUCCGGUCAUUUUACCGGCAGUAAUUUCCCUGGAUUUCCACUGUGUUCAAAACAAUGGGACGCACUACCUGCUUAAAUCUCCUCGAGACGUGGAUGUGUUUUCCAUCAAAGUUAGCGUGUACUUUUGUCUUAGUUUUGAUAGAGUGAAAUCAGACAAUUACAUGUAUCAUGUUGCAACACCUCUAGAGAAAACAGUCAACGAGAAUAUAUAUGCUUUGUCGAAUCAGAUGAAUGCAUCAAUGGAUGACGUAUGUACUGUCCCCAACACAAUAGACAACAUGUAUAGCCUAAUUAAAAAUGUGUCGAGCGAGGACAUAGUUAGUGUAGACUGUCCAAGCGUCUUGAAGAAUUCCUACGUGAGUUUAUCUGCAGAUGAAAACGGCACAGAAAAUGCAUGUAUAGAUAGUUACGUCACUGGAUGUGCGAAGAACACACAAGUCGCCAUCUCCACCAGUUCAUCAUGUCAAUCCAAUACUUAUAUUCCAGAUGUUCUUCUCCUUCACUGUCUGUUUCACAAAACAGUGAAUGACAUCACCUAUUUGUACACAUGGACAGACGAUGCAUUUUCUGCUUCAUCAAUUAGUCAUGGAUUCAUUUGCAUUGAAAUAUCCCAAGAAGAGUCCUCUACAGUAUUUCAAUUAUUUAACGAUACCUGCAGCGAUGUACCACAUGCUUCGGAAUUUCUCAAAAUGAAAUCAAAGCAAAUCAACGAAACAUGUCUACCCACUACGCCAGCUCCUCCGCCUGGUAGAGGAACAGGGCACACAAAACCUCCUAGAAAGAAAAGGGAACCUACCACAAACUGGGCUAUCUAUUUUGCAAUUGUAGUCUUCGUCAUCAUAAUUAUUGGUUUCAUUGUGAUUAUCAUCAAAUUCUUCAGAAAAGAGAUGUGCGAUUUCUUCAAGAAGAAACCUUCUACGCAGAACCAGGAAGUGUCAUUCACGAACAUUGCAGCGAAUUCGACGGAUACGCUCGAUACCGAAACUUGAUAUGUAUUGAUGUAGUUUUCUCAGCACACAAAGUGAGCACUAGUUAUCUGUCAUAACCUCCACCUGUCAGUUAUUGAAAUAAGAACGAAUCAUCCGCGAUAUUGAAUAUGAAGGUGAUGGAAAUCGACACUUCUAUCAAUACAAUCUAUAGAUAUGAAAUAUGUAAGCACUUUAGUCCAAUUUGAUUUACCGGUGGAGUUUGGUAUUCCUGCAUUUAUUUAUUAUAUCCAUGUAAUUUUAAGUGCAUAUUCUGUGUUAUGAUUUCAUUUUCACUAUCGAAAGUUAUGUGCAAUCAUUAACUAUCGCUUUAGGAUCCCACCCGACAUGAGUACAUCUUUAAACGACUACAUGUACAUGUCCAUCAUUAUCAUUUUUAUUACAUCGUUUGGUAUAAGUAAACACAGGAAAGAUUUUUUUUUACUUUCCAUAAAUUUACCCUGCAUAAUACAAUACGUGUACAUUGUAUAUAUAUAUAUAUCAUAUUCAAAACACUUAUGUUUUGAUUUUAAAGUCUGUGCAUAAUUUUCUUUUUCUUUUUCGUUCCUUUCUUUUUCCUGGUUUUCUUGGAAUUCUUUUUUUCUCUUGGUUUUUCUUUAACUGUGACGACACAUCGAUUAUUCAGCGGUUGGUUGCUGUACACGUGACUGGUGAUUAGAGGUAAAUGAAAAGUUGUUUGGCGGCCAAAUUUCUGAGCUCGCUGUGAUUGUUUGGUGCUAACAGUAGAUAUACUCGGGGUAUUCAUGUAGGCCUUGUAGUCAAGAGGAUGAACACCGGGCAAAGGUGGAAGAUUGGAUAAUCUGGUAAAACUAAACCGGAAAGGCAGAUCUGUAUCGCUGUCGCUUUCUAGGGACGCUGUAUCGUAAUCUGUUAAGAUAGGUAUCCAUGUAAUUCAAUUUGAGAGUCAUUACAGAAAUACAUUGAUGCAAUUUUAUAAUCCACUGUACUUUUUCCCCAUUACAUUGUAAGCUUUCUGUUUUAUUCUAUGAUAAAAAUUAGAUUUUGUAUCCCCAUCAUCACCACAGACAACGAGACUAGACAGUGUAGUGACAAAGCAUUUCAUGUGAAAAUCGGCACCGACUAGGCUAAGUCAGCUUUUACUGGUCUCAUAAUUUCACGAACGUGUAAGGAGGUGGCGGUAAUUUGAGAAAAUGUCAAUUUCAGCAUAAAUGGUUUAUUUGUUACAUCUAUUGUGCAAAUGGAAAGGUGAAGAUAACAAACAGUAAUGUAUAUCAUCAAUACAAAAUUAAGAGUAGGGUAAACACGAACCCCUGUACACACCAGAGGUGGGAUCACGUGUCUAGAAGGAGAAAGAAUCCCCUGUUAACUGAUCACACCGCCUUGAAGCAUGUAUCUUAAUUAGGUACAUGUAAACUAAGUAAACCGUAGUGAAAAUCAGUACGUAAAAAGUCUUAACAGUUGGUGUAAAACAUGACACACAUCAUUCGACCUAACGACAAGCUGUAUUUGCAAAUAAGAUCGAUAUAACGACCACAGAAUCUGCAAAAUAUUACCUAUAAACAAGACUUGUAACCUCUAUAAUGUGAAUGUUAAUAAAUUUUGAUGCAAAUUUG